UAGUUCUCUAUCAUUUUAACUAUUUUUAGAAAUGCCCCCAGUUAGUUUUUGUCGAUGCUAUAAAAUGAAUGAAUAGUUACACAGUAAAUAACUAAAUAAAAUUAAAGAAAAUGAGGCAAUUCAGUGUUAAAUCCCACUAUUAAUGCAAGAGGAGAACACAUAUACUGAAUAGUCCUUCACUAAAAAGUCUCUGUCUAAAAUCCUGGAUAGCAAAUAUCAGUCAGUGCAGGCAGCAUGGAGAUAAAUGUUGACUGUCUUUUGUUCAAUGAAAAAAAAGAUUACAGUCUAAUUACUGAACAUUCAGGAAUUCAGAGUCCUCAGUUGCUCAACUAUUCUAUAAUUCUUGGUGCUCUUUGAGCUUGGUGGUUUUCUUGGAAAUAUUUUGUUAAUGUUACCUAGUUUGGCAAUGAAACGUCUGAAAGAAAACCACCAAGCUCUGAGACUACCAAGGACCCACUGGUGUCCAACCCUGAGUUUAACCUUGAGUCACAAGAUAAAUUCUCUUUUAUCAAUUUCGUGUUUCAACCAACACCUCCAAGGUCCCUUCUAACUCUGUUAUUAUAUUAUAUUCUAUGUCUUUUCCCAUCAUUCAGCAACAUUUACAUUUAGUCAAACAUUUAGUCAUGUGAAAAAUUCAUAAACUCUAGUGUAGCUGUUCUUUCCUUUCCUUUCCUUCCCUUCCCUGUCCUGUCCCUUUCCCUUUCCUUUCCUUUCCUUUCCUUUUCCUUUCCUUUUCCUUUCCUUUUCCUUUCCUUUUCCUUUGUUUUGUUUGACAAUAUACUUAUAGAUGAAAGAAUGUGGUGAUCUGGAAUGAAGUCUUGAUGAUGAGGAAGAUGGGAGGGGAUUUUAACUGUUUUCCCUUUGUGAUACUUCUGCAUUCUUUGAAUGUCUGUAUUUUUUCUCCUCUCUGCCUCUUCCCCUCAGCUGUUUAUCUUUCCAUCUUCCUCAUAAUACUUCCUUUAGUCUGUCUGUCACCGCUUCUCUGUUUUCAGCUGUCAGCAUAAAAGAGCAUCCCAUCAUCUUAGCCAAAAGAUAAGAAUAGAUGGGUUUUGCAAGCAAUGAGCAGGUGACAUCAGGUUUUAGUAUAGAAAAGAUUUUCUGAGAGGGUAUAAAAUACAGUCUCUCUCUCUCUCUCUCUCCCCCCCCCCUCUCUCCCUCUCUCUCUCUUUCUCUCUCUCUCUGUAUGUAUACACACACACACACACACCACUGUUUUUUAUAUAAUGAACAGUAAAAUAGUUCAAGUAAAUAGUAUUUUUCCCCAUAUAUUACAUUGUGAACAUUAUUUGGAAAUAUGCAUACAACAAAUAAGCUAUAUAGUAAAUGUAAUUAUUUUCUUUGGGUAUUUUUGCAUGGUAAUCAGUAACUCCUCAGUAUUCCUCACCAUGUUUUUCUGAACACUAAUUCUUUUUGUCAGGAGGUAAUUUCACCCUCACCUUUUGUCAGUGGCAGGCAGCUAACAUGGCAGCAGAUCACUCAAUUUGGACUCAGAACCAUUGGCCAGUGAGAUGAGAGGAGCCCAGCUGGUAGCAGGGCUGCAUUGUACAAAAAGCUGAUUGGAACAUACUGAGGGCCAGCAACAGCAUAAAGCAUUUGGCCAAUGUGAGACGCGAUGAAAAGUCCCCCCCCCCCCGAAUUCCUUUGCUUAUAAACAUGCUUGAAUCAAGUUCUCCCAAUAGAUCUCUUAUCUUGGUGGGAGGGGAAGAAUAAGAUGUGUUUCCCAUGAGGCAAAGAGCAGUCCUUCUCUAGAUACAACUCUGGCAAAUACAAGAGGAAAAAGAUAAUUUGGUAUCAAGGCAGUCAACCUAUUUACAACACGAUCAUAUUCACUUGCUGACUGUUACAAUGAGCCAUCUUCAUGAAGCAGCUCAUUUCCCCCAGCAGUUUCAGUAAUGGUUUCAGUAGUCUUGCCUUAGGGACAAAGUUUUUAUAUAAUUAUUUUCCAUUGUGAAUUAUAAUAUAUUCAUUGAUUGGCUUAUUUUCCCAGGCAGCAUUUGUAUAAUUCAUCAGAAAAACAAGAAAUAAUACAGCAGGCAAGCCUAUAGUUAUGAAUGCUUCUUCUGAGAGCAUUUUUUCUAAAUUUCACCAAAUUGGGCUGGACAAUUGUCAUAGCUAGUUUCUCAACUUAUUUCUCAUAAUAAAGUUAAUCAGUAAACUGUGCGACCUCUGCCCUACUGUUUCCUUGGCUGGUCUGAGAGGAAGUUUUACUUAACAUUUGGGAUUAGAGGUUUGGAAGUUAAGAAAGCAGAAGAAAAAUCAUAUUACAAAAUUUUCAGGAACUCUACUUAAAUUGUCAAACUGGUGUGCUCUUAAAAGACCUAUCUUCUCCUUCCUGGUGUCCUCAAGAUGUAUUAGACUACAGCUGUCAUCUUGCCCCGAUCAGCAUAGGUAUACAUCCGGAUCCAAUGAUUUCUACAGCGAAAGAUACUGAUGUGUCAUCCUACUCACAGUACAACACUAUGCAUUUUUGCCCAAUGCAGCCUCCAAUCACUUUACCACCUUAUUAUUCAAGUUUUAGUCUUCAUCCUCAACAAUCUGAAGAAUGGCACUCCCCUGUAAUGUAUGAACUUGAAAAAAUGCCAUCUAAUAACUUACAAACCAAGGAGACAGAUCUGGUAGACUUUCCUGUAGCCAAGAAAUCUCGGAUGGGUCUACUCUCUGGAAGAACAAAAGAUAAAGAGCUGUGUGUUGUCUGUGGUGACAAGGCCUCUGGAUACCAUUAUAAUGCCCUGACUUGUGAAGGCUGCAAAGGUUUCUUCAGAAGGAGUAUCACUAAAAGUGCUCAAUACAAGUGUAAAAAUGGAGGAAACUGUGAGAUGGACAUGUAUAUGAGGAGAAAGUGUCAGAACUGCCGUCUACAAAAGUGCAAAGCAGUAGGAAUGCUGGCAGAAUGUUUGUUAACUGAAAUCCAAUGCAAGUCAAAACGACUAAGAAAAAACACACCACAGCCCCCAGAGAACACUAUUAGUGAAGAUCCUGAGAGAUUUGACCUGAAGCAAGUGUCAUCUACAACUAAAUUGUGUAAGGAGAAAGUAAAAUUAAGCCCGGAACAACAGAAUCUUCUUCGUUAUAUAAUGGAUUCCUAUAAUAAACAGCGGAUACCUCCUGAAGUUACCAAAAAACUUUUACAAGAGGACUUCAGUGCAGAAGAAAAUUUUCUUGUUCUAACAGAAAUGGCCACUAGCCAUGUUAAAAUGCUUGUGGAGUUCACUAAAAGAUUACCAGGUUUUCAAAUCCUGGAUCAUGAAGAUCAAAUUGCUUUGUUGAAAGGUUCAGCAGUAGAAGCCAUGUUCCUUAGAUCAGCUGAAAUCUUUAACAGGAAACUUCCUAGAGGACAUGCUGAUCUCUUAGAAGAACGAAUUCGCAACAGUGGUAUCUCAGAUGAAUACAUAACGCCUAUGUUCCAUUUCUAUAAAAGUAUUGGGGAACUCAAGAUGACACAAGAAGAAUAUGCUCUGCUUACAGCAAUCGUUAUCUUAUCACCAGAUCGGCAAUACAUAAAGGAUAGAGACUCUGUUGAACGGCUUCAAGAGCCUCUCCUUGAAGUUCUGCAAACAUUCUGCAAGCUUCAUCACAUGGAUAGUCCUCAACAUUUUGCUUGUCUCCUUGGUCGCCUUACAGAAUUACGGACUUUUAACCACCAUCAUGCAGAUAUGUUGAUGUCAUGGAGAGUUAACAAUCACAAAUUCACACCUCUUCUUUGCGAAAUAUGGGAUGUGCAGUGACAAGGCUGGUUUUUACUGGAUCGUAAAUAAGUUAGCUGGGACAACAAACUUGAAUCCAUAACAUCAGUGUAUUCAUUCAGUGUUUUUGAAUUGUAAAUAUUUUCUUAAAGCACUUAAAAUAAUUGAUGGUAAAUCAUUUUCAUUGAAGUUUACAUUUGUGUCUGUUUACAUAGAAUAUCUGCUAUGGUUCUUAAGUUCCUUGAAACAAAAGUGAAUUUCUAUUUGCCUGAACCAAGUCCCUGUUAUUUCUUUUGAAAUUAAAGUGGUAUACUAUAA